AUGUCGUCGUCUGGCUCUAACCCACCAACGACCAAAAUGCAACCUACGCAGAAGACCGAAGUUGAUCCAGCCCAAGCAUCCAAGACAGCCGCGAAUCCGCCCCCAGCCAUGCUCGAGGAAGACGAUGAGUUUGAAGAUUUUCCAGUUGAAGACUGGUCACAAGAAGACGCAGAAGUACCUGGUGGAACUACACAUCUAUGGGAAGAGAGCUGGGAUGACGAUGAUGAGAACGAAGAUUUCAGCAAGCAGUUGAAGUAG